UUUCCAGCAUAGAGUCUAUGGUUUCCAGUCAGCGGCUUCAUUUCUGCGUAAUCUGACCCCCUCCACACCUUUCAACCUGCUGGAGUAAGUCAGUAGGACUGAGGUGGGGGCACCACCCACUACAUACCAUCGCACGAGACUCUGGGUGGAGCAGAUCCCUGACAGGAACAACACCAGCCGCUCCGCCCGUCCGGAGCCGAAUCCGUUCGUGUGUCACAAAAAGCCGGCGUCACGCACCUUAUCCGGUUCAUUUACAUACAUGACACCGCCCAGGGGACGAACAUGGUAAUCUGCCAUCGCCUGAAACCGACCUACCCGAGCGGGGAGACGACGAAAGCAGAUGAAGAAAAGUUUGGACGCCAGGCUGCCGCUGCUCUGACCGGGGAGGACUGAUUCGACGGAGACGCUCGUCGAGCUUUUUGCUCCACUUUUCGGGUUACGAUAUGGACGCUUUAAAAUCCGCCGGGAGGGCGAUUAUCCGGAGUCCCAGUAUCGCCAAACAGAGCUGGGGUUCGGGUAAACAUAAAAAGCUUCCAGAGAACUGGACCGACACCAGGGAGACCCUGCUGGAGGGCAUGAUGUUCCAGCUUAAGUAUCUCGGGGUCACCAUGGUGGAGCAGCCCAAAGGCGAGGAGGUGUCUGCCGCCGCUGUCAAGAGGAUAGUAACAACAGCUAAAGCCAGCGGGAAAAAACUCCAGAAAGUCACGUUAACUGUGUCCCCGCGUGGGAUCAUCCUUUACGACAGUGCCUCCAACCAGCUGAUUGAAAACAUUUCCAUAUACAGAAUAUCGUACUGCACAGCGGACAAGAUGCAUGACAAAGUGUUUGCAUACAUUGCCCAAAGCCAGCACAACGAGACCCUGGAGUGUCACGCUUUCCUCUGCACCAAAAGAAAAAUGGCUCAGGCGGUGACCCUGACGGUGGCUCAGGCUUUCAAAGUGGCGUUCGAGUUCUGGCAGGCCGCUAAGGAAGAGAAAGACAAGCGAGUUAAGGCAGGUUCUGACGGGGAGGGAGCCAGCAACUCUCAGUCGGAUAGCUCAGCCAGUCUGGGCAGCCUGAAGGGAGCAGACGUUGCAACAGGGAGACUCCUGGACUUGGCGGACGGCGCCAACGCGGCGCAGAUCCACUCAGGAACAAUGCCGGCUGAAUCGGAUCCUGUUACGGUGCAUAAUCACACAGCAGAGAACAACAAUACUGUAUGGGAACUGGAGGACGGUCUGGACGAAGCUUUCUCAAGUCGCAGUCUGGAUAGUUUUGAGUCCUACUCAGACUCGCUGAGUCUCGCACUAACCCCCAGGUCCUGGACAUUGGGGUAAACCCUCAGGACUUGAACCCUGACGAGUGCCUCUCCCCGGGCAAAUGGGACCAAGAGGAGACGGACUUGACCGCACAAAAGGACGCCUUUGGGUUCUGAUGUUCAGCCCCUGUCGGGAAGGGGGAGGCGGGGCAAAGGUGAGGAGGGAGUGACGGUGGAACGCUGCCGCAGACACCCGUGAGCUGUGGCCGGCAGCCGGGAUCUCCCCACUGUGGCCCCGCCUCCCCGCCGCGGCACGACUAAAAAAGGACGAGAUGAGCCGACGGCUCCCAGGCCAAAGCAAUACCGACCGUUUUACCAAACAUGCAGCCAAGUCAUGUUUGCUCUGUUUAUGUUUGUCCUUUCACUGUUGGUGUAAAACGCUUUACAGAAAGUGUGUGUAAAUACGAGCGCUCUGAUGCAAGCCAAGUGACAAACGUGACGAGAUCCAGAGGCGUGCAGCUGCUUUUCACUGAAAAGUGAGAAAUGUUUGAAUUGAGUGAACGCCGGGAAACUAAAGCUUUAAAAAAGUGAAUGUGUGAAUGUGUGUGAGAGGACAAAAAGAACAAAACGACAAUCUUUCUUUCCUAUUGAGAAUCUAUUUUUGCACUCAUCCAUCUGAAGCACACGUGAGGGAAUGAAACGUCGUCAAACUCAUUGAAGCUUUUUCCGCAGUGCCUUUAUUCACUCGUGUCGCUCCAGCACGGAUAAACCGGCAGCCACUGGAUUC